UGCUGCUCUAGACUGAGACGCAGGGUGCCUCCAACGCUUACGACGAGCCUCUACAACACACAAACACACAGACAUUUCUGCUGUCGGGACUGCUACACCUGCUCUGCUGCGCGUCUGAGACACUUAAAGGGAGAAGAUCAUUUUUUUGGGGGAAAAAAUGAAACUUGAAGUUUUCUCCGCGCACCACUUCGCACAGAAGCCGCUGGAGUUGUGCAUGGACCCAGAGGGAGGAGUCCCGUCUCCUCUAUCCGGGGACGAGCUCGGGUCGGACGGGGACUGCGUGGCCAACAGCCCGGCACCUGUCGCCCAGAGCGGCGACAGCAGCAAGGGGAAACCGUACACCCGCAGACCCAAACCCCCUUACUCCUACAUCGCCCUCAUCGCCAUGGCCAUCCGGGAGUCCAGCAGCGGCCGCCUCACUCUGGCAGAAAUCAACGACUACCUGAUGAAGAAGUUCCCGUUUUUCCGCGGCAGCUACACUGGCUGGAGGAACUCCGUGCGCCACAACCUGUCACUCAAUGACUGCUUCCUCAAAGUUCUGCGGGACCCGUCCAGGCCCUGGGGCAAGGACAACUACUGGAUGCUCAACCCGCACAGCGAGUACACCUUCGCUGACGGAGUGUUCCGCCGCAGGAGGAAGCGCAUCGGCAAGAGGUCUGCUAAGGAGAGGGAGAGCCCGGACAUCCUCGGCGAGGACACCCGCCUCCCUGUCCCGGAGGAGAGAGUGGGGGCCAAGUUCUCGAGCUCCUUCGCCAUCGACAGCAUCCUCAGCACACCCUUCAUACGGAGGGAGGACAGCCACGUUGAGGCAGAAACCCACGCCCCCCGGAUCUACUGGUCCCCAGGGGCCCACUUACUGCCUUACACGCUGAGCUACCCGGCGCAGCACACGUACCUGUCAGAGGGUGCGUACAGCAGCACAGAGCCCAGCAGGGAUGCACUCACAUACCUCCAGCAGACAGCACCGGGCAUGGUCGCACCUGAGGCCGGUCUCCACGUGCUCAACAUGUCCAACAAGGCGCGAGGUUUCCAUAUAGACUCCUUGCUCUCAUAAAGCACCCGGACUGCUGUCAGACUUGUAUGUUUUGACCCAUGAUGUGCACUUUUGUGACCGCUCUUAGCUUCCAGUGCUUUAGCUGUUUAACUGUUUGGGACUCUGUCUGCAGGCUACUGAACGUCAUUCUGCAGUGAAACAAAUCAAAAGACGUGUUGUCAAUGUAAAUCUAACUGUGUGGUGACACAGCAAAUAUAUGCUGUCAGUGUGUGUGUGUGUGUG